UUCAAUAUUUCGAAAAGAGGUGUUAUAGAACAAGAUUACCCGUCCACUCUGUAUACUACAUUACAUGGCAACGUGGCUAAAAUUUUAUCAGAAGGUGAAACGUCAAACUUUUUUAAGGUUAUGUUUUCUGUUUGGAUAAUUUUUGGUUUUCAUGGAUUCCUUAAAAACUGCCUUACAACAAUUACAAACAAACACCAAGGAGAUAUACGAAGAAGCAAUACGGAUAUUAAUAAAAAUAGCUGAUAACGUGAUAAAAGCCCCCACAAAUUCAAAGGUACGAUUGCUUCAAAAAUCAAACUUGACGCUCUCAACGAAGAUUUUGAACGUGUCUGGUGGUUUGGAAUGUUUAAAACUCAUGGGAUUCUUGGAGGAUGGGAGUGUCUGGGUUCUUCCGCCCAGCGUUUCGGUUGUGAGUUUGCAGAUGUUUCGCAAUGCCCUGUCUCAGGAGUUGAAUACAAAUGUUUUUGCGCAAUUGAUACAAGAUGAGCCGAGUGGUAGCUCAUCCGACAGUUCGAUUGAACCCGAGCCUUCGAAAGGGGCCAUUCCUAAAGUUUCAGAAAGUGCUAAAAGUGCGAAUGAUACCAUCAGUGAUCGAAAACUUCUACAUGAUGUUCCUUUAGUUGUAUUACCACCUAUGAAAUACCUAUUUACUAAUCCCUUUCUAAACGAAGUGGAAUUGGCAUUCCAUACUGCAUUAUCCUACGCAGACAAAGACUUACAAAACCGGGCAUUAGCCGUUAUACCCAAGCUAAAAUUAGAAAACAAUGCCCAAAAUCGUCUACGUAAACUCCAGGAGACAGCCAAAGAAGCUAAAGUUAGCGACUUCGACUACACCCUUGACGAUUUCCUCUUGCCGGAGGUGCUGGAUUGGUUUAAAAACGAGUUUUUCAAAUGGGUGGAUAGCCCCGAUUGUCAGUACUGCAAUGGUAAUACAUUUUUCGCGCACAUGAGCGACGAUCCUAGCUUAUUGAUUCAUACGAAUAGAGUUGAGAUGCACAAGUGCCAUAGCUGCCACCGGCUGACACCGUUCCCCAGGUACAACGAUGUCAACAUUUUAUUAUUGACCAGAUGUGGACGUUGCGGCGAAUGGGCCAAUACGUUUACCCUAAUUUGCUGCGCGAUGGGAUGGGACGCGAGAUUAAUAGUCGAUCAAACCGAUCACGUAUGGACCGAGGUAUUUAUGCAUUCGCAGAAGCGAUGGUUACAUUGCGAUCCUUGCGAAAACGUGUGCGAUACGCCGUUGAUGUACGAGAACGGUUGGGGUAAGCAAGUGUCAUACGUCAUCGCGUAUUCCUCGGAGGAAGUACAAGAUGUCACCUGGCGCUAUUCCUCGAACCACAAGACGGUGCUGCGACGACGCACUAAAUGCACGGAGAAAGAGUUAGUCGACGCACUAAUCAAACUGAGAAACGAGCGCCAAAGAAGCUCGAGCAAAGCGCGAGUGGACUACCUCACCAAACGAGUUUUGCUGGAAUUAGUCGAGCUGAUGUGCGAAAAAAAGGCUAGUGAUAAAGAGAAACAAGGCCGCACUUCCGGCUCAGAACUUUGGCGACUGAUGCGCGGAGAAAUCCAACCGAAAAUUGACUCCUACGUGUUCGUGUUCAAGGGGAAUGAGACUGAGACCGUGCGAUAUUCUGCAGCUUUAGACAAAUACGAAUGUGCGAAAAAGGAUGGUUCGGUCAGUUCCGUCAAUGGUUGGCACGCCGGUGCCUUCAAUAUGACCGGCAUUUUUCGAAAGGAGGAGAAGGACUGGAAGAUGGUUUAUUUGGCUCGAGCUGAGGGCACUGAUUUUGGUGUGAUUAGCUGGAAAUUUGAAGUUGAAGAUGCCACCCAAGUUAUUGACGUUGUCGACGUGAAGUUGGAACAUAAGCUCUAUGAAAAUGGAAAAGUUGAAGUUACAAUAGAGAGUAAUGCAACCACCAUUAAGAUGCCAGAAAAUACAGUGGAAUUUCGCACAACUGCGGUUAGCGGAUCAAGAUUUAUUGUCAUAACAGCCCGAUUAUCUGGAGGUAAAGGUGAUGUUGCUUGGCAGCAUGCGCAACUAUUUCGUCAAACCUCGUCAAGUAGCGACUUUGCGUUCAUCGUUAAAUGUUCUUUUAAACCAGUGCAUUAAGUGUUAAUUUCAAAUUAUUAUGUAGGUAUCUAAAAUACGGUUCUGUUAUUACAUUUCAACUAUUUUAUUACGAAA